GGACUUUAACCUCCAACCGGACUAUAAAACCCGGGAACGCCGGCCUGAGCAGCACCGAGUCAUCCGGCGCUGACGGAGAACAAGCUGCCUGUGAAAGAACCAGUCCAGAGUCCCGUCAUGAAGGUCCUCGUGGUUCUCGCUCUUUUCUCAGUUUGCCGGGCCAACAUCCUGUGGGCCGACCCGCCCAAACCCAACAUGGAGGUGGUGAGGGAGGCCUUCUGGGACUAUGUUGCCAGGGCAACGCAGACCGCUGAGGACUCCCUGAAGCAGAUCCAGGCAUCUGAGCUGGGACAGGAAGUGAACACCAGGAUUGCUCAGAACACCGACUGGGUGAACCAGUACAUCGCCUCUCUGCAGACCCAGGUGGCCCCUCUGACCCAGGACUUCAUGACCCGCUUUACCCAGGAGGCCGAGCGGCUGAAGGCCCGACUAGAGAACGACCUGACGGGUGUAGGCGACAACGUGAAGCCCUACGCCGAGCAGAUGGUGCUGAAGCUCCAGAACCAGGUGGAGGAGCUGAAGAAGGAGAUCGCUCCCUACGCCGAGUCCGUGGACCCAGAGGCCCUGUCGGCCGCCCUGCUGCAGAAGAGCCAGGCUCUGAAGGGGCAGCUGGAGACCAGCGCCACCCAGCUGCAGGCCCAGGUGGUCCCCUACACCGAGGACAUGAGGCAGAAGAUGGAGCAGAGCCUGGAGGACUUCCAGAGCAGUGUGCUUCCUCUGGCCCAGAGCUUCGAGUCCCAGCUGACCCAAAAGAGCCAGGAGAUCCAGCAGAAGCUGGUUCCGUAUGGAGAGGAGCUGAAGGCCAAGCUGGACUCCAGUGCUCAGGACCUGCAGGCUCAGCUGACGGCUCUGUGGGAGUCCUUCACCCAGAAGACCCAGUAAACAGACUCACAUCUGAUAUGUUUAUGUGAAAACCCGGUUCUGGAACAUCUCACUGAUCCAAUAAAAGCUGCUGGUUUUUCACACAGAA